ACAAGAUACAUGCAUACCAAAGAGUCCAUUCGAUUUUGGUAUUCUCUUUGCAUAAUACCAUUUCAUUUAUAUCUACAAGAUUACGUGAAGUUUGGUAAUUGUGGUGGUUUGGCUGUAUGUGAAGAAGACAUCCUGUCAAGACCAUAUAUCCAAGUGAUUCUUACUGACCGCGCGUACUGGAAGAAAAUGUGAGUCUUUGGGCUGACUUGGUAUUAUCGCGGCUUGGAGGGAUCUGGCACUAGUGUGCCUGGCGCAAGUAGGCUGGCCGGUGUUGGUGACAAUGCCGGGAAAGGAGAUCGUCGAUUGACUCAUGCCUGGGCAAACUGACGAAUUAUUGUAGGUGUCUUUCGAUAGUAUGAUAGGUAUCUAGGCAAUUACUUCACAUGCACUUUCCGGCAAGCAUAUCGUACAAUAAUUCAGACUUGCCACCCUACUUUGCUUUCUCCAGGGAUCUUGAAUGACCCAAUUUAUACUGAUGUUGAAAAGCCGUCUCAUAAUUAUGAAAAGACUUGAAUUCACACAAACUGGAAAUCAAUAUGGGCUUCGAUCAACGGAUUAAGGACGCCCCAGCCGCAAGGAAGUAGUCUGUACAGUUCAGGGACGAUCACGAAGAUGCUGAUCAUCUCAAAGCAUGACACCAGCCACACUGAUUAUCAAAACAUGGGAAGCUAAUACCUACCAAAGCACAGCCAGCUCCAUCAGGUACCGUUCCUCUUAUCAAUAGACACCGAAUCUACCAAUUGGAAUAAUAAAAGAAUUCCCAACAUUCAUCAUGAAGUUCGCAAAUUUAUCACUCUUAGCUUUAUCGGCAUCUCUUGCAUCUGCAAGAUUUGUUGAACAACACGAAACCGAUCAGGUCAUACUAAAUUCUAAUGCUGUGAAUGAUGAGCGUUAUCUCAUCGAGACCGCCCCUGGCAAACAACAAUGGGUUACAGAAGAGGAGAAAUGGGAAUUAAGACGAGUAUGUACAAUGUGCAACACGAGGAGGCUUUGGCUAAUAUUUUGAAGAAUGGACAGAACUUCAUGGACAUUACAGAAACUCCGGAACUCGGAACUCUCAGGACUUCAUCGGUGAAGGUCAAGUUUCCAUCGAAACCUACUCUCCAAAAAGAUCUCAAACCUUUACUCGAAGACUUGAGCAAGUCUAACAUGCACAAGAACCUCGAGACUUUCACCAGUUUUCAUACUAGAUAUUACAAGUCCGACUAUGGCCGUCAAUCAUCUGAAUGGCUUCUCGAGCAAGUUCAAACAUUGAUCAAGGAUGCUGGAGCCGAUAAAUACGGAGCUCACGCCCGCCAUUUCAAACAUUCAUGGGGCCAAAACAGCAUUAUUGCUACAAUUCCUGGACAGAAGAAUUCCACGGUCGUGAUAGGAGCACAUCAGGACUCGAUAAACCUCUUCUUACCUUCUAUUCUAUCUGCACCCGGGGCAGACGAUGAUGGAAGUGGAACUGUGACAAUUCUCGAGGCCCUUCGCGUAUUACUCACAUCUAAGGAUAUUAUUAAAGGGAGAGGGGAGAACACUAUUGAGUUUCAUUGGUACUCAGCUGAAGAAGGUGGACUGUUAGGUAGCCAAGCCAUUUUCUCAGAAUACGAGAAAACUGGCCGAGAUAUCAAGGCUAUGCUCCAACAAGACAUGACAGGAUACACGCAAAAGACUUUGGAUGCUGGAGAGCCUGAGAGUGUAGGAGUCAUCACUGAUUUCGUUGACCCCGAUUUGACAGAUUUUAUCAAGAAAAUCGUUACCGAGGUAUGUUUCUCAUAAGAAUCCGAGUUACUUCCCGUAUCCAUGCUUAUCAAAGUUUAGUAUUGUACGAUCGAUUUUGUGGAAACUCGUUGCGGCUAUGCUUGUAGUGACCAUGCCAGUGCUUCAAAAGCCGGAUACCCUUCUGCUUUCGUGAUUGAGAGCGAUUUUAAGUAUUCUGACGAUAGAAUUCACACGUCAGGUGAUACUUUGAAUUUCUUAAACUUCGACCACAUGCUUCAACAUGCUCGUUUGACUCUUGGUUUGGUUUACGAGCUUGCAUAUGCGAAACUAUAGGUGGUUUAUGUUAUAUGUUUAUUGGCUAUUGGAUGUGGUUAUAUCGUUGUGUUUGUGUUGAGAAGGUAAUACAGAAGCAUGCAUGAGUGCUCGGAUUGGAUUGAAUUUCGUGUCUGCAAGCUUCACAUGUGUCAUGCAUCUAGAUUAUGCAAGAAAGAUGUGUGGCGUUCAAGGUGGUUUCAAUACAAUUAUUCAGAGAAAUGAAUUAUGAAAAUGAAGUGAUUAAUACC